AUGGCGUCUGGACGCAAGGAUUUUCUUAGCCAACAGGCUCCGGAGAACUAUGUUGCCGGUCUGGGUCGUGGUGCGACCGGUUUCACCACGCGGUCUGACCUGGGACCUGCGCGCGAAGGCCCAACACCCGAGCAGAUUCAAGCCGCUUUGACAAAGCGAGCUCAGCUUCUCGGAGCUGCUGCGCCCACUGCUUACGGAAAUCAAUCACGAGAAAAGGGAGGGAAAGAGGAUAAAGCAGAUGAGGAGGACGAUGAGCGCUUCCAGGAUCCAGAUAAUGAGACUGGACUCUUUGCCUAUGGUCAGUUCGACCAGGAGGAUGAUGAGGCGGAUCGCAUCUACCAAGAGGUAGAUGAGAAGAUGGAUAGACGUCGGAAGAUUCGAAGGUUAGUUAAAUUCCCCUCAACCUCAUUACAAGUAUCAUCUUGUUCAUCGGGCAAAGCCCCGGUUGUUUGGAUAGAAUACCGACGUGAAUCGCUCGCCACCUACAGGGAAGCCCGAGAGCAACAAGAACGUGAAGACUACGAACGAAAGAACCCGAAGAUUCAACAACAAUUCGCCGACUUGAAGCGAUCGCUCGCCGCAGUCUCAGAAGAAGAUUGGGCCAACCUCCCCGAGGUCGGUGAUUUGACCGGCAAGAACCGACGAGCCAAGCAGAACUUGCGACAACGAUUCUACGCCGUGCCUGAUAGCGUUAUUGCGGGUGCCAGAGAUUCAGCACAGUUUGAUACCACCGUCGCCGAAGAUGGAGCUCCGGCCGGUGACGAAGAGAGCGCUGAUGGAACUAUGACCAACUUCGCAGACAUCGGUGCAGCGCGUGAUAAGGUAUUGAAAGUGAGGCUGGACCAGGCGGCGCUUGGAUCAGGUGCUGAGAGUACCACCUCAGGCAGUGCGACUAGUAUUGACCCUAAGGGUUAUCUAACCAGCCUCACUCAGUCCGAGCUCAAGGCGGGAGAAGUCGAAGUUGGCGAUAUCAAGCGAGUUCGCGUUCUCCUGGAAUCUGUCACCAAGACCAAUCCCAAGCAUGCUCCUGGAUGGAUUGCGCUUGCUCGUCUAGAAGAACUUGCAGGUCGUAUCGUAGCGGCCAGGAAUAUCAUUGCCAAGGGUUGUGAACUAUGCCCGAAGAGCGAAGAUGGAUGGUUGGAGAACAUUCGACUUAAUGAAGGACACAACGCAAAGGUCAUUGCAGCAAACGCUAUCAAGAAUAAUGACCACUCCACCAGACUUUGGACUGAGGCUAUGAAACUUGAAACCGAUCUUCGAGCUAAGAAGAAUGUACUGAGACAGGCUAUUCUCCAUAUUCCUCAGUCAGUUCAGAUUUGGAAGGAAGCUGUGAAUCUGGAGGACGAUCCCGCAGAUGCACGUCUCCUUCUGGCUAAGGCCGUGGAGAUGAUUCCUCUUUCAGUGGAGCUAUGGCUGGCCCUUGCUCGAUUGGAGACCCCAGAGAAUGCACAGAAGGUUUUGAACGCAGCCCGUAAAGCUGUUCCCGCUAGUCAUGAAAUCUGGAUUGCUGCAGCUCGUCUCCAGGAGCAGAUGGGUACUUUUGAAAAAAUCAAUGUUAUGAAGCGUGCUAUCCAAUCUCUUGCUCGUGAAAACGCCAUGUUAAAACGAGAGGAAUGGAUUUCAGAGGCCGAGCGAUGCGAAGAUGAAGGCGCUAUUCUCACCUGUGGAGCCAUCAUCCGCGAAACACUUGGAUGGGGACUCGAUGAAGACGAUGACCGCAAGGAUAUUUGGAUGGACGAUGCAAAGUCCAGUAUUGCACGAGGCAAAUAUGAAACCGCACGAGCCAUUUACGCAUACGCCUUGCGAGUGUUCAUUAACCGACGAUCGAUCUGGCUUGCUGCUGCUGAUUUAGAGCGCAACCACGGUGACAAGGAAGCUCUAUGGCAGGUGCUCGGAAAGGCCGUUGAGGCCUGUCCCCAAAGCGAGGAGCUCUGGCUACAACUCGCGAAAGAAAAAUGGCAGUCUGGAGAAAUCGACGAUGCGCGACGAGUUCUUGGCCGAGCAUUCAACCAGAACCCCAACAACGAAGAUAUUUGGCUUGCCGCCGUUAAGCUCGAGGCAGAUGCUAAACAAACUGACCAAGCACGAGAACUGCUGGCCACUGCACGUUGUGAGGCCGGAACGGAUCGUGUCUGGAUGAAGAGUGUUGCAUUUGAGCGGCAACUCGGCAACACGGACGACGCCUUGGACCUCGUCAACCAAGGAUUGCAGCUAUACCCCAAGGCUGACAAGCUUUGGAUGAUGAAGGGACAGAUAUACGAAGCACAGAAGAAGUUCCCACAGGCACGGGAGGCAUAUGGAACAGGAACUCGUGCGUGCUCAAAGUCCGUGGCAUUGUGGCUACUCGCUUCUCGACUGGAAGAGCUCGCCGGUGCUGUUGUUCGUGCUCGAUCAGUUCUUGAUCGAGCUCGUUUGGCCGUUCCCAAGAGCGCUGAGCUCUGGACAGAGAGUGUGCGUGUGGAACGCCGAGCGAACAACAUUGCUCAGGCUAAGGUUCUAAUGGCUAAGGCGCUACAAGAGGUGCCUGCUUCAGGGUUACUCUGGAGUGAAAGCAUCUGGCACCUUGAACCUCGCGCUCAGCGCAAGGCUCGUAGUCUGGAGGCUAUUAAGAAGGUUGAUAACGACCCGAUCUUGUUUAUCACUGUUGCGCGAAUUUUCUGGGGCGAGCGACGAUUGGAAAAGGCGAUGACUUGGUUCGAGAAGGCGAUCGUCUCAGAUAGCGACUACGGUGAUGGGUGGGCUUGGUACUACAAGUUCUUGAUGCAACACGGUACAGAGGUUCGUUUUGCUUCCAGCCACAGUAAAAGAUUCAUCACAGGUACUAACAUGUUGAUUUUCCAGGACAAACGAUCGGAUGUGAUCUCGAAGUGUAUUUCGACAGAACCAAAGCACGGCGAGGCGUGGCAAUCUAUUGCUAAGGACCCGACCAACGCGUAUAAGACAUCGGAUGAGAUCUUGAAGAUUGUUGCUAACAUGAUCAAUUGA